AUGUGGUUGAAGAUUGUUCUCUUUUUCGCUGUCACCAAUGUCAUAACUUGUCAAAUUUUACCUCCAUCUGGCCUUCGGAGGUUGAGGCCUGGCCCUAUCAUACAAACUCGAAGUGGUCCUAUUCAGGGACAAGAAGAAACUUACGAUUUAUUUCGAAGGAUUUACACUUACAAAGGUAUUCGGUAUGCUCAACCACCAGUUGGUAAUUUAAGGUUUCGCCAAGCACUUCCUGCUACACCAUGGACAGAGACCUUGAGAGCGUGGGAGUAUGGAUCGGAAUGUCCACAAUUUGGAUUAGUAAUAAAUGAUAGAAUAUCAGGCGAAGAAGAUUGUUUGUUCCUAAACGUAGCUACACCAACGAACAUCAGAUCGAGAUUACCAGUUGCUGUCUUCAUUCAUGGUGGUGGUUUGCAUGUGGGAAAUGCCCAAAUAAAUUUAUUCGGUCCCGAGUUGAUUAUUCGAGAAAAUAUUAUAACAGUUGGAUUCAAUUAUCGAUUAGGCGUCCUUGGCUUUCUUAACACAGGUGACAGAUUCUCACCAGGAAAUUUUGGAAUCAAAGAUAUGAUUUUGGGCUUGCAAUGGGUCAGAGAUAAUAUUGAUUUUUUCGGUGGUAAUCCUAAUGAUGUAACAAUAAUUGGUGGUAGCGGUGGAGCAGUUGGUGUCAACUCGUUAGUGCUCACACCUGCCGCUAGUGGACUUUUUCAUAAAGCUAUUGCAUCAUCAGGUUGUUUAUUUACUCCAUGGGCUUUCAAUAAAAAUCCCCAACAAAAUGUUGCAAAUUUAGUUCGUGAUUUAAGACUUUUUGUAACAUCAAAUGAAGAUUUAGUCAAUCAAUUAAGGGGAGUUUCUGUUGAGAGUUUAUUGAGAGCUUCGGGAGGGUUAGACCCUGAUUUAAUAUUUGAAGAACAAAAUUUCAUGCCAUCAAUGGAUCCAGUUGAUUCAUUGGAACCAAGAAUAUUCACAGGUCCCAUUGAUGAUCUUAUUAGAACGGGAAACAUCAACACAGUUCCAUAUAUUAUUGGAUAUACAAGCGCUGAAAAUCUUUUUGUCAUUCCACAAGUUCGUGAAGACCCGACAAUUUUGGAAAGAUUUAACCGAAACCCGAAUUUAUUAAUUCCAGUUGAAUGGAAUAUAACUCCUAACACUCCACAAGCUUUGGAAGUCAUUACAGCAUUCAGAAAUUUAUAUUUCGGUGGUGCAAUCAACAUUACUGCGGAUAUGGCAUUGCAAUGGUCAGAUUAUUCGUCAGAUCGUGAUUAUAAUUUCCCGAUGUCAAAAUUGGCCCGACUUCAUAGACUUCGUCAACCUGUUUAUUAUUAUAGAUUUAGCUAUGAUGGAGCCCUAAACUUCUUUAAAAUUGCUUUAUCUGUAACUGAUUAUCCUGGUGCAGUUCACGGUGAUGACGCAAUGUACUUAUACAGAAUGAAUUUUGCUGUCAAUCCCGUGCCAUCGAGCGAUGAAGCUUUUCUAAUUCAACGACGUAAAGUUCGACUUUGGUCAAACUUCAUAAGAUAUGGAAACCCCACAGUGUCAGCAUUGGAUCCAUUGAUAAGCGUAACAUGGCCCAUGCUUACUGAAAGAGAAGAAUUUUUGGACAUAGAUUCAACUCUCAUUUCAGAUGUUCAUCCUUUCAGACAACGUUUAGAUUUUGACAUCAAUAAAGCAUUGACUAUAACUAACAAAAUAAAUACAAACAGUUCAUGUAUAUCUUUCCAAAGUAACUAAACUUUAAAAAUAAUGGAUGAGCCUCAAUUAACAACUCCUAUUAAUGACAGUGACAUAAAUACCGAUAAAAAUAGUUUAAAUGAAAAUGUAAUCGACGAGAUACAAGAAGCAUCAAAAACGAAUCCCUUGGGAAAUUCAACUGAGAAUUUUUCUCCCCAACAAAAUGAUAACUUAAGUGAAUCGUUAGCAUUACCAAUACCUGAGGAAGCAGAUAAAAUGAUAACAGAUUCAUCGGAAGUUGAAAAUGAAACUGUGAAUGAAAAUGCCGGUACAAGUCAAGACGUUUCGAUCACUGAUUUGAAUGAUGUUCAUAUGGAACAGUCAAUGGAGCAAGUGAUGUUCGAAAAAACCGGCCCAAGCUUAAAUGAAACAGAGAAUGAAAAUAAAAGCUUAGAUUUUGAUAAUGAGACAUCAAUAAAUAUUUCUCAAUUGGUUGUUGAUCGACAAGACGACAGUAAUGAUGCAUUUAAUGCUCUCAAAGAAUCGGAAACUGACGCUUUACAAACACCAAAAGAAGAACCAAAGGAAUCUGACAAAAAUGAAGCAUCAGAAGGUAAAGAUGAAGAUUCUUCAAUGCAAGUGGAUUCUGAAAGUGCAUUUGAUAAUAUUAACAAUGAAGAAAGUUCGCAUUCACAAAAGCCAACAGAUGAAGAUGCGAACAUUCCUGAAAAUGAGAAGCAAGUUGAUACUGAAACAAAUACUGACUUAAACACUGAAGCACCAGAACGUAGCGAUGCUGCUAGUAACACUGAUUCUCAAGAUAAAGCUGAUAAAGAAUUUGAAGAUGCUGAAGAAGCUCCUGAAGAUGAUAUUACAACAGAAACAACAAAUGAAGGUGAAGGAAUUGAUGAAGACGUUUGUUUAUUGGGAGACGAAUCAGUUGUUGAAAUGGACAAAGAAGCUGGUCAAGCAGAAGAAGUCAUAGACGAUGAUGAAACAGAAGGUGAACAAAACUCAAGUAAGCAACAAAGCACCGCAGAAGCAACAGAUGUUAAUGAUGUUUCACAAGAAAAAGAUGAUUCGGAAGAUGUUGAAAUGACUGAAGAAAUUGUUGAAGAUAUUCCACAGAAGGAGAAUGAAAUACGCGAAAUUUCUGAAGAUGAAGCAACAGAACAAUCUUGUCUAAAUUGCGAGAAUUCAACGAAAUGUUUAUAUCAAAUGUUGGAAGAAAAUGGAGAAAUGAAAUAUUUAUGCUCAUUCACGUGCGUGAAAGAGCAUCGCGAUGAUAAUCCAGAUAAAUAUUCUUUAACUCAUAAAAAACUUUUCAUUCGUGAAAUUUUUCCAAUUGAAAAUGUUUGUGUGAAAUGUAACGAAACGAAAAGUUGUAAAUAUCUUUAUCGAUUGACAAUCACAAAAACAAUUACAAAGAGUCAAGAAACAACACCUGGAGAUGAAGUUGAAACAUCGGAAGGAACAUCAUCUGCUGAACCAACAACAGAAAAAGUUCAAACGACAGAAACGAAAUAUCUUUGUGAUGAUUCAUGUUUGAAAGAGUUUAUUGGAGAGAACACUGAGAAGUACGAAAUUAUUGCAUUAAAGAAACGUCCCUCCAAAGUUCAAGAAGAAAGUGGGCAAGUUGUUGAGCAAACAAAGGAAAAGGAAGCAGAAGAAGAACAAGAAGUUCCAAAGAUUGUCGCUCGAAGUGACGCUGAAGUUGAAGCUGCAAGACUUGACCGAGAUGAAAGCUUCAGACGUUGUUGUGCUCAUUGCUUCAAGGAAAUUAAUUUCACAUCAAGAACAGCACAUUGGGAGAGUUUUGAUUUCUGCGAUGAGAAAUGUUUAGGACUUUAUCAAAGUAUCAUUGCAGCAACUUGUUGUCAAUGCAAUCACGUUGUUUCUUAUUCAGCUAUGGGUAAACUUUGCGUUCGAUUUGGUUCCGACAUCAAACAGUUUUGUACCACGCAAUGUUUGAAUGAUUUCAAGGAAAAUCAUCAUCCAUGCUCGUUGUGCUCGAAGAAUUUAAAGACCGACGACGAUUCGAAUCAAACUUUUAAUAAGAAAGGGAACAACUUUUGCGAUGAAAUAUGUGCAAAGCGUUAUGACGACAUUGUCAACACGAAGAAGCGUCAUCCGCCAUAUCUUUGUUCGGUUUGUAAUAACAAAAAAAUUCCACGAGUUCAAGUGUUGCUGGAUGGAAGCAUUCACCGAUUUUGUUCAACGCCAUGCUUUUCUGCUUUCAAGUUUGUUAAUAAUGUCUCGCCAGAUAAAUGCGAAAUGUGCACAAGAUACUUUGAAAGAAAGUCAAGCGAAUCAUUCACAAUUUAUCAAGGAAAAGAUCCAAAAAUGUUUUGCACACAAGCUUGUAUGAACAUUUUUAUAACGAAGAAUCGCGAGAUCUGGAAAUGUAAUUGGUGUAAAGUGAGCAAAUAUAACUUCGACAUGGUACAAAUGAACUUCAAUGAGACACGAAUGUGUUCGCUGAAUUGUUUGACGCUUUCUGAAGUGUCCACCAAUGCACUUUCACGCAAAUCUUCAACAUGCGAUCAAUGCAAAUUACAAAAGCAACCUCAAUAUCAUCUCACAAUGACGGACUCAUCAUUCCGUAACUUUUGCACUUAUCAAUGUGCUCUUGGCUUUCAAAGUCAAUUCACAAAGAAUCGCAUAGCGGGUGAAACACCGGAAGUUGUUCCAACUGGAACUGCGAAACGAAUCAAACCAGCAUCGCAGACAUCUCAGAAGUCAAAACAACCCGUCAUUUCACUUGUCCAGUCGUUAAAUAUACGUCAUGGUGGACGUCAAUACAGUUCAGGGUCAGGUCGCACUUCAGGUUCACCAAUUCCCGUUCCUGAAUUGACAGUUCAACUUGAACGUUUAUCUGAUGUACCGACACGAGUGAAAAUUUCAUCUCUGCAAUCAUUAACUGGUGGAACUUCAUCAAGUUGGCGGCCAAUAUCGCCAGCUUCAUCACCAACGCCAGUCGAGUACAAAACUCAAGUUGUGACUGUUCCCGCUCUUCCGAAACAAGUUGGAAAUAAAUCAACAAUGUGCAAAGCUUUGACAUUAAAUAAAGCCAUAAAUUGUGUUCCAAUGACAUCGGAAGCUGAAUGUCAAACUGAAGAUUGGCUUGAGCAGAGAAUGUUCGUCCCAAUACCGAUUCCAAUCUUCGUGCCACAACCAAUGUACAUGUAUAAUUUACCAACGCCCAUUCCUGUUCCUUUCCCACUUCCCAUUCCUGUCCCAAUAUUCGUUCCAACAACAAGAAACUCAUCAAAUGGCAUCAUGAAGGAAAUCAAGAAGAUUCAAGAGAAAAUGCCGACAGAUCCUUACGAAGCUGAACUUUUAAUGAUGGCUGAGAUGGUUGCAGGGGAUAAGAAAAGAGAAGAAACUGAUUCUGACUCGGAUGAGAACAAUGAGAUUGAAUAUGGUGAUGGAAUUGAGAACAAUUCUUCGUUUAAUGAAGAUCUCGUUCAAAUGGCAUUUAAAAUGGCAUCUGGGAAUGACUUCGAUGAUCCACCAGUUGAUUUAGAAAAUGAAAUGACAGCAAACACAAUUUCACAAUCAUCAAAUGCUUAUGACGAAAUGGAUCCAAUUUCACUUCAACAUCAUCAUCAAUUAAUGUUACUGCAACAGCAACAGCGUGAAGCAACAGGAUCAAUGCAAUCAAAUCGUGGUCGUAAACGAAUUCAAACUCAAGUUAAGCAGACGAAUAGUCGAGCGCCAAGCAAAAGAAUUAAAAGGGAAAUGGAAGUGAUACAACCGGAAAUGCCGCGUGAACCAGCAGAGAAACCUGACGCAAACAUGUGCUUAAAAUAUACAUUUGGAGUCAAUGCCUGGAAGCAGUGGGUGGCAACUAAAAAUGCCGAUUUUGAAAAGUCUUCAAUUCGUCGUAAGCCAAUCAAAUCAGAAAUUCUUCAAUUAACAGCUGACGAGUUGAAUUACUCGUUGUGCAUGUUUGUGAAGGAAGUUCGAAAGCCAAAUGGCAGUGAAUAUGCUCCAGAUACGAUUUAUUAUUUAGUUCUUGGUAUUCAACAAUACUUAUACGAAAAUGGUCGCAUUGAUAACAUUUUCACUGAUCGUUAUUAUGAACAAUUCACUGAUUGUCUUGAUGAAGUUGCUAAGAAGUUUUCAGUUUUGUACAAUGAUUCUCAGUACAUUGUAACAAGAGUUGAGGAAGAACAUUUAUGGGAAUGCAAACAGUUAGGUGCACAUUCGCCUCAUGUUCUUCUAAGUACGUUGAUGUUCUUCAACACAAAACAUUUCAAUUUAGUCACUGUUGACGAACACAUGGAGUUGUCGUUUUCUCAUAUUAUGAAGCAUUGGAAGAGAAAUCCGAACCAACCUGGUGCAGCUAAAGUCCCUGGAUCUCGCAAUGUUUUGCUAAGAUUUUAUCCGCCACAAUCAUCCUUGGAUGCGAAUUCGAGAAAGAAAAAAGUUUAUGAGCAACAAGAGAAUGAAGAAAAUCCUCUUCGUUGUCCAGUUAAACUUUAUGAAUUCUACUUGUCAAAAUGUCCGGAAAGUGUCAAAACACGCAACGACGUCUUCUAUUUGCAACCUGAAAGAUCUUGCGUUCCUGAUUCACCAGUUUGGUAUUCAACGCAGCCUCUUAGUCGCGAAGCACUUAGUAAAAUGUUACAUCGUGUGAAAAUGGUGAAAGAAAUUAACAUUGCUUUAUUGACAAGCUAAGCUGAUUGCGUGGGUGGUCGUAAAAAAUGGAAGAGUGAAAGUUUUCCAUUGCAUAUUUUAUAAAAGAAGAAAAUUAUCUGUAAAUGAAGAAAUGCAAUUUAAAAAUAUUAUUGAGAUGUAAAUUUUACUCAUAGAUAUCUAAUUAGAAUUAACUUCAGCUUCAAUCAUUUUCUUGAUUUAAAAUGUUCUUUUUUUUCAUAAUGAGAAUAAAAUUAAAAUGUAAAAGAUUAUAAAUUUAAUUAA